AUUUAUUAAAAAAAAAUAUCCGAUUAAUAUAUCAUCCGCGGCUAGUCGACUUUGGAAGUGGGCCAUGUAAAAAAACAAAAAAAGGACUUUUGAAGUGGCCGGGUGCCCGUGGUGCCAUUGUUUUUGCCUUCAUCUUGUUAUUCUUUUUUAACUUUUCCGCUGUCGGCUGUUCCCUCAGUUAAGUGAUAAUUCCGACUCGAUUUCAUGGACAACACCGACCAAAUCACAGCAGUGGCGCUGGAGGAAAGAGGCGCCGGCGGCAAACUUAGAAAACCACCGCCGAGAAAGCCACCAGCUAGCCCUUACGCCCGUCCGCCGUCUACUGCUAGCCGCAGGUGGAUUUCGAAGCUAGUCGAUCCUGCCUGCCGCCUCAUAGCUGGCGGAGCCACUCGUUUUCUUCCUUCAUUCUUCUCCACUGCGGAUUCCGACUCUGCUAUCGCUAACCCUCCCACUUCCACUGAAGAUCAAGGUAAAUGGCGAACUGGAGAACAGAACAAUGAAGAUAAUCUACUCAAAAGCAAUUUACAUCUCACAGCAUCUGAAUUGUCUAAAAUUGCAAAUACUGGUGAUGGUAGCAGUAAACCAAACAGCAGUUUUGACUCUGUUCUUCCCAGACAAGAUGAAAAGGGAGAGCCACAUGAGAAUAAUAAGCUUUCUGAUAUUGAGCGACUGGUGAAAGGGAAAAAAUUCACUAGAGAUGAAUUCAAUCAUAUAGUGGAGGUUUUAAAUUCAAGGGCAAUCGAUGUCUCUGAUGUUGAAGAAGGAAAGGAACCUACAAAUUUGACUUUUAGGCAAGCUGAUGAGGGGCUAGUAGCAACACACAACGUUCCUCAGGUUUCCAAUGAACGUAGGAAUGAAGAAUCAAAUGGAGCUAUAUGGGGAAGCUCAACACCUUUUUGUCUGUCAAAAGUUCAAGAUAAUAUUGGUGCUUCACCAAUUGAGAUUGCCAGAGCAUAUAUGGAUUUCCGAUCAUCCGAAGCAGGCCCCAGUUCUAAGAACUUGAUUCGAAAUGUUGAAAGCACAAUGCUCCAUAGUGAUGAAGCUGCAAUAAAAUCAUACGAUCCAUCACCAUCAAAAAAGUCACCAACAUGCUGGCCAGGUGCUGUCGUGCAGGAUGCUUACGCAACGCCGCUAAGUCAGGGAAGCAAAUAUGGACUUCUUAAUCAUGCCCGGACUCCUUAUUCCAGAACUCUAUUAACGAAGACUAAGUCCAAGUUGAUUCAUACCCAAGGCAGUUACAGCCACAUUUCAUCAACUCCACUCCGUCAGUCACACACACCGCUGUAUCUGAAGGACAAAUUGGAAGUUGGUGCAUCGGAAACUGGAUAUGAAUCUAUUGGACCUAUUCGUCGAAGCAGGCACAAGGUUGGAGUACAAUUGACUUCGCGGAGACCAGCUUAUACAUCAUUAAAUGCUUCGCAGAGAGAUAAUUCCAGUUUAAUUGAAUGUUCAAAUUCUACUGUUGCAACAAGUAUGGAUCCUGGUGGGAUGAGCCGCACUCGUAAGCCACUGGGCUUUGAGGGGGGUGUUCGAACCGUACACAUGCAUACUAGUUUGAUGGCUAAGACGAUCUUAGAGCAUAUUGAUAGAAACAUUCCCACUCCUAAGGAGAAAUCUGCUGAGCUGAAGCUUGCAACUAAAUGGCAGAAUCCUGAAUCUUCCAUUAAUACAAGUACUAUCUUUUCAAAUGAAGAUAAUGGCUCGGUUAAACUACUAGACGUUGGCCCUUGUAAAUAUGUCGGACUUGGUGGAAGCAAUUCUAUUCUAAGGAAAGAAGAUGAAGGGAACUGCAAUGUUGAUAUUCAGCCUAGGGAGGGUACUGAUAAGUCUGUUGACAUAAAAAAAGAAGGGACUUUGGCAUGUGACUUAAAGAUUUACAGCAGCAUCCCCAGGCUUGCUAAUGAUGCAAGGACUACACAAAAUUUUGUUAGUUCUCAAAUGUUUCCAAGGAAGUCUACUGACGAGGAUGUUUUGAUGGCUCUCCCAAGUGGUGGUCAGUAUCCUUGUGUAGUAGUAAAUCAAGAAAAGAAGACUGUCGCUAUUAAUGCUGCUAGUAAACCAGUUUUACCUCCUAUUUCCAUCAAGAAGCCUGAAUCAAAAUGGACCUUAGCAUCUGAUAACAGCUUGGGAUUUUCAUUCCCUGUUACAGCACCCUCUUCUGUAUUCUCUGAACCACCAACACCAUCCAUCAUGCCAUUAUUAUUCUCUAUUGGUAAUCAGCACCAAUUAGAAGAAAACUGUACUCAAUUGUCAUACAGUUUUGGUAUUAAAAAGUCCAAUCCAGCUGUAGUGUUUUCCUUUCCUUCCACAAGCAAUACAGUUCAUAAUGAUGCUGGAGUCAUAAAAUUUAACUUUGGUUCAACUGAUAAGGCAAGACUGUCGUUUUCAUUUGGAGAAACUGCUGUCAACUGUUGAGCAAAAACGGACAAGUGAGGUUCCAUAAAAUUGUCCCAUCUAUUUUUUCCCUUUCGUUGUAUUUAUUUAGACCUUUUAAUAAGCAAUGAGCAGAUUGUGAACUUUAGCCUUCCUUUCGUUUUCAAGUUUAAAUGAGGAAAAAGAAAAUCGUUUUGGUGCAGAAAAUGUGUCUAUGGUCCUUAUUCCAGUUGUCGAUUUUCUUUCAAAACUACAUGGAUAUGAAGAGAAUUUCUUUUCACCCCUAUCCCUCUAGAAAACUGUAAGGGCAGUUUGAAGGAUAGAUUAAGAGAUAUACGAAUAAGUUAUCA